AUGCAGAUUCGCCUAGAGCCUCGCAGGAGAACUCAAGGUAAGCGACCCCCAGGUGAACUGAUUACCACUUUGUUGUCUUUGCCUGCUAACCAUUUCGAUUUGAGCGACGAGCUAGCUCAACGGCUAGCCAACCUUCCAACCACCGCCGGCGAAAACGCCUCCGCUGAGAACCGAUGGUACCAAUUGCGGGCCACAGUCCAGUCGACAGCCCUGGCUGCCCUCGGUCACGCAGGUCGCCAACAUCGGGACUGGUUCAAUGAAAACGACGCCGCCGUCAUCAGCAGACUGCUCGCGGAGGAGGACCGCCUGCACAAAGCCUACGUCAGUCGUUCCACCGAUGAGAACAAAGCAGCCUUCUACCGUAGUCGCUGCCUUGUGCAACGGCGGCUGCGCGGAAUGCAGACCGCUUGA